AUGACUCGUAACAAGCCGAAACACAAAAAAAUCAAGCUUGAUGUGGACCUGGGUGAGAUGGGUUCACCAUUGCUCGAUCAACAAGUUGAAAGACGUGUUAAUUGUCUACACUAUCUUGGCGUAUUCAUACUGGUUACUAUGGUAGUUGUCUAUGUGAUUUGCGAAAUGGCUCACGGAUACAUAACGGAACGAAUUAAUGCCGAGGGAAUAACUGAAGAAGAGAAGGCAGCUUGGCUUGAAUGGCUGCAAUACACAAUGAAGAUUCAAAGACGUUUUGCAAGCGUUUUCUGGAUUAAGCGACAGUAA